UCCACUGUGAAACUCAGUGAGUACUUUGCCAAGCUCCUCACAUGCAAGGCUGAUGGCAUGAACUGGAUCUUCUUUCGUGACCACUUCCUUUUUGCUGUCGAUGCUGCAGGUCUGAGCAACCAUUUCAAGGAUGUUAUGACUGUGACAGAACUGACUGCACCAGCUGUGGUAGAUCCCAAGAAUCCCACAGCAGAUGAGACAAAGGCAAUGAAUGAGUCUGCAAACAGGUGCCAGAUUUGGAAGUCUGAGCAGGCCAUAAUCAAGCAGGGAAUCGCCUCAGUCAUUUUGGAUUCAUUAUUCUUGAAGGUGAAGGGUGAGAUGACAGUGAAAACGAUGUGGGAGAAGGUAAAGUUGGAGUAUGAGAAGAAAUCGAAGAUGGUCAUGGUUGGCCUG